GUCCAUCUGCUGCCGGGGCAAAUCUCACACAGCACACAAACCCACGGGUUUAUACAAUUAUUCUGCUAAUUCGCUUAACGCUUGUGUUUGUGCGUGGAUGAAUCUGUGUGUGUGACCGCUGGAAGCACGACAACUGAAGGAUGAAGCUUAAAGAAAUCAACCGAACAGCUAUCCAGGCCUGGAGUCCAGCGCAGCAACACCCUAUCUAUCUGGCUGCAGGAACCUCGGCCCAGCAGCUCGAUGCCACCUUCAGCACCAGUGCAUCGCUGGAGAUCUUUGAACUGGACCUGGCUGAUCCCAGUUUAGCCAUGAAGUCAUGUGGGUCUUUCUCCUCUCCACACAGAUACCACAAACUAGUCUGGGGUCCACAGGGCAUUGAAGACCAGGGUUUUCCAUCAGGCGUUCUCAUUGCUGGAGGGGAGAAUGGCAACAUCAUCCUCUAUGACGCCUCCAAAAUCAUUGCUGGAGAUAGUGAAGUGAUAAUUUCCGAGAGCGAGAAACAUACAGGGCCAGUAAGAGCCCUCGAUGUCAACUCGUUUCAGCCAAACCUUGUGGCCUCUGGGGGAAAUGAGUCAGAAAUCUACAUUUGGGAUUUGAACAACUUUAGCUCCCCAAUGACGCCAGGACCCAAAACACAGCCCCUGGAGGACAUCAGCUGUGUUGCGUGGAACAAACAGGUGCAGCACAUCCUGGCCUCGGCCAGCCCCAGCGGAAAAGCUUCGGUCUGGGAUCUGAGAAAGAACGACUUGAUCAUUAAAGUCAGCGACCACAGCAACAGGAUGCAUUGCUCUGGUCUGGCCUGGAACCCAGAGGUGGCGACUCAGUUGGUUCUGGCUUCUGAAGAUGACCGAAUGCCUGUCAUCCAAAUGUGGGACCUGCGCUUUGCCACCUCGCCUCUUAAAGUGCUGGAGAACCACACAAGAGGUAUUUUGUCCAUAGCGUGGAGUGUAGCAGAUCCAGAGCUGCUCCUGAGCUGUGGGAAAGAUAACAGGAUCCUGUGCUGGAACCCCAACACGGCUGAGGUCCUGUAUGAGCUGCCCACCAGUGCGCAGUGGUGUUUUGAUAUCCAGUGGUGCCCGAGAAACCCAGCUGUUCUCUCUGCUGCUGCCUUCGAUGGCCAUAUCAGCAUCUACUCCAUUAUGGGUGGAAGCAAUGAUAAUGCCAUUAAUUUACAGGCUGAUCAGUUAAGUAGCUCAUUUGGAAAUAUGGAUCCUUUUGGUACGGGGAAGACGCUGCCACCUUUACAACUGCCGCAGCCCACCUCCUCGCAGAGCACCAUCACUCCUCUGAAGAAACCCCCCAAAUGGAUUCGUAGACCUGUUGGAGCAUCUUUUGCUUUUGGUGGAAAACUAGUCACUUUGGACAACAAGCCACCGGCCCAACAGCCCCAGCAGACUUCUGCCCAUGUUGUGCAUGUCAGUCAGGUUGUGACAGAAACAGAUUUCAUUGAUCGAUCAAACCAACUUCAGGCGACACUCAAUGCAGGAAAUUUCCUUGAGUACUGCCAAACCAAGAUUGAAGCUGCUCAGAAUGAAUUUGAGAAAACCAUUUGGUCUUUUCUGAAGGUAAACUUUGAAGAAGAUGCACGUGGCAAAUAUUUGGAACUUUUGGGAUACAAAAAGGAAGAGCUCGCCCUAAAGAUUGCAUCAGCGAUAGAAGGAAAUUGCAAAUCUGAUGUGGCCGAUGUGGCCAAUGUGGUUGAAGAGAAAAGCCUUGUAGAGGAAGAAGCAGAACCUCCUGCCACAGACACACCUGACCUAGAUGAGAUUCCUGUUGAUGAUGAAGAGCCUGUUAUUGAGGAGACAUCCAACAUAGAAGUUACUCCAGCUCUAACCUCCGAUGACAUUGACCUUAAAGUUAACCAGGAUAUUGAUGGGCUGAUCACCCAAGCACUGCUCACUGGAGAUUACGAAGCUGCUGUUAAUCUCUGUCUCCAUGACAACCGAAUGGCUGACGGCAUCAUCCUUGCUAUUGCUGGUGGUCCUGAGCUUCUGGAAAAGACUCAGAAGAAAUACUUCACCAAAACUCAGAGCAAAAUUUCCAAGCUCAUUAGUGCCGUGGUGAUGAAGGACUGGUUGGAAAUUUUGGAGACAUGUGACCUCCAGAACUGGAAGGAAGCUUUAGCUGCAGUAAUGACUUACGCCAAGCCAGAGGAGUUCUCGUCACUAUGUGGUUUGCUGGGCUCCAGGCUGGAGGCUUCUGAGGACGUGGCGCUGCAGGCUCAGGCCUGUCUCUGUUACAUCUGCGCAGGCACAGUAGAGCAGCUUGUCGCCUACUGGGCCAAAGCUCAGGACUCCUACAGCCCAUUGUCACUGCAGGAGCUGGUUGAGAAGGUGGUGGUCCUGCAGAGAGCUGUGGUGAAGGCUCAGGGUGGUGUUUCCCCUGAUAUGGGUGUGCUGCUGGCAGAGAAAAUGAAUCAAUAUGCCAGUCUGCUGGCAUCUCAGGGCAGCUUACAGACUGCCAUAUCCUACCUGCCCACCAACACUGAGCAGGUUGCUGUGCAGCAGUUGCGAGAUCGUUUGAGCAGAGCUCUGGGGCAUCAGCAGCAGCAGCAGCAGCAGCAGCAGCCUGUAGCCGCGGCGACUGGAAGGCAGAACAUGCACCAAACGGUUCCUGCUGCUGCACCCGUGCAAACAUACACACAACCUCAACCUCCACAGGGCCCCUCACAGCCUGCUGUGCCUCCUCAGUAUUACCAGCAGGGUAGAUCUGCCACUACUGUCACGUCCUGGAGUAACCAAACCCCAACAGCUCUGCCCAGUGUCCCUCACCAGCUAGUGCCUGCCGCAGACCCGCAGGCCGAGUCCACGCCUCCAGCCUUUGGCCUUCAGUCUCCAAUGACUGCAUUCGUACCUUCCUCCACUCCAUCCAUGUACUCUCAGCAAUACCAGAACUACCCCCCUGUUCAGCAGUUCACCCCUGCUGCCGGGACACCCGGCAUCUAUCAACCUGUACCCUACUCUUCCUCUAUGGCCUCUCCUCUUCCUCCUCCACCUUCAUCCUCUGCUGCUGCUGUCUAUCCGCCACAGUUCAUGCAUCCUGCCUCCUCUCAGCCAGCACCACCUCCUAUGGUUUCUGGGCCUCCUCAGGGAGGUCAACCUUUCUCUCCUCCACCUCUGUCUUCUGGAGUGUCUUUCCAGCAUGGUGGGCCUGGGUCGCCCACAGCUUAUCUUCCUCCUCCAGUAGCCAGAGCUCCAGGUACUCAGAAUGAACCCGCACUGAUUCCUGCCUCCCAGAGAACAGGAGGAUUAAACCAAGACUCAGACUGGUCUUUGGAAGGACCUCAGAAUGGCUGGAACGAUCCCCCCACACUCAACAGAGCACCCAAAAAGAAGAAGAUUCCAGACAACUUCACUCCACCAGCACCCAUUACAGCACCCAUUAUGACCCCUCUAGGGGAACCACAGGUCCCUGCUGCCCCAAGUAUGCAGACCCUUCAAUCGCAACAACAGGUUCCAGAUCAGCAUGUGGGCCCAACAACCUUCACCCCCAUCCAACAGCAGCCACUGGGACCCCCAAGCAGAAAUCCCAACAUGCCUCAGGUUAACAUGGAAGGUGCACCAGGAGCACCAAUUGGAGAUGUCAUAAAGCUACAUCAGUCCAUACCCACUGAGAAGAUCACCAAGAAGCCAAUCCCUGAGGAACACAUGGUCCUGAAGACCACAUUUGAGGGACUGAUCCAGAAAUGCUUGGCUGCAGCUUCAGACCCGCAAACCAAGAGGAAGUUGGAUGAUGCUCAUAAGAGACUUGAGUAUCUCUAUGACAAGCUGAGAGAACAAACACUAUCUCCAGCUAUUGUAGGUGGACUUCACAAUAUGGCCCGCAGCAUCGAGUGCCGCAGCUACACCGACGGACUCAACAUUCACACGCACAUCGUUAGCAACAGCAACUUCAGUGAGACAUCUGCCUUCAUGCCAGUCCUGAAGGUGGUGCUGACGCAGGCCAACAAACUGGGUGUUUGAUGUCCGCUGUCUCAAUGUGCGCACACAAACCAACAAGUAUUCUCAAAAAACCCUCAAGCCAUCAUUCCGCAAGGACCAGUUGUGCAUAUAUUUUGCCAGUUUUAACAGAUUUGGUUUACAGUCACGUUUUGUUUAUUUGUUUAUUCUUUUGUCUUCUGAAUAUUCUUCGUUUCAUGUAUUUUAAUGUUGUUAUUACAUAUUUGUAAUCAUGACAGAGCAGAGUGCAAUAGGGCUUUCCCCUUUUAUGUCUCGAGUUUUAAUGGUAAUUUAGCUUCAUAAAAUGAAAUGCGUUUUAUGCUUUAAGUGAAGAGUAGUCUAAGCAGCAAGCUAAUUGUUUCCAGUGCACCGUGCAUUAUUCUUUAGUCACACCAUUCAUUUGGCAUUAUUAUUAUUAUUUUAUCUUCCAUUUUUGAUUAUCACGAUUAUCUCAGCUCCUCUCCAUUACAAUUUAUUUUCUGGAAAUCUUCUCUGAUAUGAUUUAUGGCAUUUCUGCAGAUGAAGCUUGGAUAUGUCAACAAAGUAACAUGGUAAAAUAUUUGCAAUUAAUUUUUAUUGAUUCAGUGUGGCACUCGUACAAUUGGAAAUUUAGAAUUAAAUUUUGAUUCAUAUUUGUGCCAUAAUAAUGCUGCCUGUCUUUAUUGUGCGUCACUACGUUUCAAACAUCUUUUCAGAUAAUGGAUCCUACUUCUGAUACAAAGGAGCAAAAGAAACAGGAUUGAUGUGUAGAAAAGAAAAAAGGUCAGGCUACAGUAAAGGGGAAUAUUAUUUUUAUAAUCUUUUCUUUUUUUAAAUCACAGUCUCAGCUAGCUGUCAUUCUGCAGUUUUACAUAUAGCUGCACAAAAGUUUUAGAGGCUUGCUCUAAAAUGUUGGGGUUUUUAAUGAAAUCUAUGUACUGUCUCAAUAAUUGAGGUUGUACUGUAAAUCUGAUGACACUUUUGCUGUUUUAUUAAAAACAAAUUGAGACCGCU